CACCCGUUGGAAUUUUCGAAAAGAAUAGAUAGAUCAUUAUGAUAAUAAUUUCAUAAACAACAAAGUUUUCGCUGUUGGGAAUAUACAACAGUUGAAUUCCAUCUGGCCACUUACCUCAUAUCCUCUAGGGUCCCAAGAAGGGAAUAUCCAGCAUUGUUGAUCUCAACAUCAAUCCUGCCGUACUCCUGUAUCACUCCCUGGACGUUCUCCCCCACUUCGCUUGUGGUGACAUCCAACUGUAGCCAUUUCCCACCAAGCUCUUCAAUCUGUGGGAGCUCUCGUCUAGCCUUCUCUGGGUUUCUCGCCGAGGCGAUGACUCGGUUGCCUGCCUUCAGUACCGCUUCUGCAAGCGCAGAUCCAAAGCCGGAAGAUGCGCCGGUGAUGAACCAGACUGGAGAAUCAACCAUAUUUUGUGAUUCUUUCUUUCUUUCUAUUUCUUUUUUGGUCGUGAUAGGAAUUUUCCAUUUGACUCUUUAUGUGGGUCUGUUUUUGGCAAUAAAACGCAACGGGGUGUUUGGAGAUUCGCUUUAAAAAUCUAGCUAGAAGAACAGCUUCUCUUUUAUGACAUGCUCGGGAGAGCUUCGUUUCGGGAAUAAGGAUAACUGCGAGCAGCAAAUUCCGGCCUCCAUCGCCUUGGUAAGUGGUAUAUAGCCAAGAGAUGACCAGCUGGACAUUCGGACAUAGCGGACUUCGGCGGGACGAGAGUUAGUUUUGUGGAGGCUACGCAUACAGCUGGGAAGCAGCUUGCAGUUGAAAAUCAAGGUUAUACGAACAGGGAGAGAGCCAAGUUGAUGGGGAGGCAGAGUUUCUGAUUUCACUCUGCCCUAGCAUACCGGACGCAACGUCAUCAAGGGUUAGAUGGCUGGCCCGCCACCAAAAUUCGCUGUCGUUCCGAUAAUAUAGUGCUGUAUAGUGCUGUAUUUCGAUGUGCCUCUGCUGUCUUUCAUACAUGCAACGGAUGAAAAAUGGCUGGAGUUAGUUAACUACCGGGGCCUUGGAUAGAGCAAUAUUGGUGGAUAUUAACUAACUUAUUGAUAGUUAAAUAUUUCCAUAGCCUGGAUCGAAGAAAAGCUUAACAAUAAGAAUUAAUCAAUAGUGUUAAACACCGGACCGAGGAGCAUUUUUGUCAAUGCGAUUCCGCAAGGUUCAACGGGUAUCCAGGGAUCUCUAUCAAAUCCAUCUGUAUGUAACUAAUACUUCAGAUAUUACUCUGCUUAACUUACCUAUUUCAACCCCGCGCCAACUCCACCACCGAGGCGCCAUACAGACAUCGUGACUUGACCUCAGAAUAGGCGCUACAGUAUUUGCAUCAUCAUUUCGUCAACAUAAACACAUAGCACUGUAUUAGCACUGCAAUAACAGAGAAGGCAGUAAUGGCUUCAGCGCAGAACGAUUUCGAAACGUUCGCUCUCGGCGACUGGAAGCUUCAGAGCGGCGAGGUUAUCCCCAAUGCCCAUAUCGCUUUCAAGGCGCUGGGCGAUCCAAGUCUCCCCGCAGUUGUCUACCCGACGUGGUUUUCUGGCCUUAUCUCCGAUAACCUCUGGCUGGUUGGAGAGGACAAGGAACUCAGCCCGAAGAAAUACUUCAUCAUCGUCCCCGCGUUGUUCGGGAACGGCCAAUCCACGUCGCCCUCCAAUUCCCCUGCCAUCAAGGAGUUCCCUCGUGUCUCCUUCUACGACAAUGUGAGGGCCCAGCAUGAGCUGGUUACCAAGCAUUUUAACAUUACCCAUCUACGCGCCGUCCUGGGCUGGUCGAUGGGUGCGGCCCAGGCAUACCAGUGGGCAACCCAAUAUCCAGACUUUAUGGAUUUGAUCGUUCCGUUCUGUGGCUCUGCGAAGACCUCGUUGCACAACCAGGCUUUUCUUGAAGGCAUCAAGAGCACCUUGUUAGCGACCAAGGGCUAUCGGUCUGCCGGGGUAGGAGAGGUUGGAGCUGCGGUUGCCAACGAUUCAAUCCGGUCGUGGACCCGGGAGGAGAGAGAGGUUGCGCUGAGAGGGUUUGGUCGAGGGUAUUCUGGCUGGGGAAUGAGCCAGACAUUUUACCGGCAGAGGCUGCAUGAAUCCAUCCUCGGAUUCAAAGAUCUUGAGGACUUUAUGGUGAAUUUCUGGGAAGCUUUCUUCCUAACUAAAGAGCCGGAGAAUCUGCUCGUCAUGUUACAGACCUGGCAAAAUGGCGACAUCUCCAAGCAGGAACGGUACAACGGUAACUUUGAAGCUGCUCUGAAAGCGAUCAAAGCCAAGGCACUGGUUCUGCCUAGUAAAACCGACCUCUACUUCCCGCCUGAGGAUUCGGAGUACGAAGUCGCAAACUUGCAACCUGGAAUUGGGGAGCUGGAUGUCUUCCCAUCCAUAUGGGGACACUGGGCCGGCGCACCGCCAGGUAACAAAGAGGACAUGAUGUGGCUGAAUGACAAACUGGUGCAAUUUUUCAAGGCGGUUCCCAGUGGUAAAUAGGUGAUCUAUUAUGGCCGGUAUCUCUGGAAUAUCCUGGGCUCACAAUUCUGUUUCUUGCCUUGUCUUUUGCAAUUCUUCCAUGGUCACAACCGAAUUUGUUAACUUCAGUGAGUAGCCUAAAUCACAUGACUUGGUGAUGCCCUAAUGAAUUUCUUUUCUUUUUCUUCUUUUCUUUUUUUAUCUUUUUCUCUCAAAAAAAAGGCAAACGUCUUGUUGAUGCGCAAGAUCGUUUCAAGAAUCCAAUCA